ACUCAGAAAAGGGGGAGCAUGAAAGCUUCCUCGGGCCAAGCAGCGAUGUCCUCGCCGGCGACAAGACACGGCGGUGGCUGUCGCUGUCGCAGAUACUCACCGUUGCUCCGUGGCUGUUGGGUAUCUUCUUCGCAGUCACAUCGCUGCUGCUCGUGCUUGAGCGGCAGAGCAGCGGAAGUCCUUAUGGUACUUACGAAGAUGGCUUCGAUACCGACAUCAUCCUGCCGUCCAAGAUCCCAUUGGAAAGGGUGAAGUUCACGCGCACCCCUCACUUCACUGCCAACGGCAGCGGAUAUCUCGAUGUCGUGGACGAAACGGCGCCGUGGCCCGAGAACAUGAAGCUGUUCGGCCCGCCGAGUCCCGAGAUCGACGCCAACUGGAACCGCCUCAUCCACGACCGCUACUUUGCCAUCUCCGAGGAGGAGGCGACGCGGGCCUGGGGAGACAGGCGCUUCGAGUUUGUCGACCAGAAGCGCGGCGGCUACAGCGCCGGACUCGAAGUGUUUCACACAUUGCACUGCGUGAACGCGCUCCGCAUGAUGAUGCACCCAGACUACUAUCCCGCGCGGCAUUCUCACGGGCCGUUCCACACGGGUAAGCAACCACCGCCUCCCUUCCACCCCCUGCCACUAAUCACACCAGAUAACCAACACUUGACACACACUGCCACAGAACACUGCCUGGACGCGCUGCGGCAGACGAUCCAGUGCUACGGCAGCACGACGCUGAUCCCGACGCGGUACAUGGACGGCGCGCGGCACAACUACAUCGACGCCGACCAGACGCACGUGUGCCGGUCCUUCAGCUUCCUGCGCGACUUCACCACAUCGCGCGCCCAGGGCAACGCCGCUGCCGCCGACCGCAACCCCUCGCUCAUCGACCCCGUCAAGCACCGCGACUGGGCCCAGUGGAAGGCUGAGAAGGUCGCCGCCCACCGGCAUCAGCACGGGCUGUGAUGGGCUUGUGAUUCCUGAAGGGGGGCGAUGAUUGCUGAUCAAUUGGGUUUGUGGGGGAGGUUUCUUUGUUGUGCUGUCCGGAUGCAGGCGAUAUCAGGUUGUAGAUUUCACCCUUUUUGAAAAGCUGUCGUUGAAUUUCUCGUUGGCUUGUUGUGGUUUCAAGGCUGUUUCUUGUGUUGCAGUUUCUUGUAAUUAGUUGACAAGUCGAAACCUAAUAAAUCUGCUCAGUGCUGCCAUACAUCCAUUGUAUGGCAGCAACUGCGUUUUUGCAUUGUAACAAUGAAAGA